AUGAACGAAGAUUUUAUAUUUGUUUUGAAUAACAAUACUAACGUAUUAAUUAAUAACGUUUAUCUUUCUAAUUCAGACUCAAAAUAAGAUAUUAAUGCAGUUUAGUAUCUAAGUGAUUCUGCUAUUUUAAAGGAUAUUGAGAUAUUUGAUUGUGAAGACACUAUAUUUUCAUUUAAAACUAACAAUUUUGAAAUUUCUCAAAUAAAUAUUGAUCUUCUCUAAGUUUCAUAAACUAUUUUCACUAUUCAAGCUAAUUAAAUUAAUAUUAAAAAUAUUAUUUCAAAUAACAAUUAAAUUUAGCUUCUUUCUAUGAAUCAAUAAAACAGUGAAGGAUAUGCUCUUAUAUCUAAAGCAAAAUUUAUGAAUUCUACUAUCCUUAACAAUAAUCCCUUAAUCCUUUUAAACUAAUUGUCUAGUAUUGAUUUAAAAAGUGUAUUAAUUAAAGAUGUAAAUAAUAUAAAUAGUUAACAUAUUUCUAUACUUAUGAUAUAAGAUUGUUAUUAAGUUACUAUUUCUGGGAGUAAUUUUACAAACAACACAAAUAGUAAAGGCCCAGGAGGUGUUGUUUACGCACUUGAUAACACAUAGAUAACCAUAUAAAAUUCAAUUUUUUGGCUUAAUACUUGUAAGUUAUAAAAUGGUGGAGCUAUUUAUAUGAUUAAUACUAUUAUACAAGGAGUUUUAUAAAUAAACUAAUCUUAGCUAAUAGAAAAUAAAUCAGAUUAUUCUUCAGGUGGCUCAAUUUAUCUCUAAAAUAAUAACUUGAUCUUGUAAAACUCAGUUAUAGCUUCAAAUUAAGCAUAAAUUGGUGGAGGAAUAUAUUAUGUCCAGGUUAUGCCAGAUUUUUUAAUUGAUCUGUAAUAAGGCAAUAAAAACAAUAAUACUUUCAAAAACAAUCUAGCGUAUAUUUAUGGAUAGAAUUUUGGUUCUACUUUAAGGAAAAUAUUUGUUAAUUUAGAAAACAUAAAAAUACCUAAAAAUAGUUUAAAGUAAUAUGAAAAUAAAGUUAUAUUUAUCAAAUAAUUUAAAAGUGGAGAUUAAAUAAAUUUUGAACAAAUAUAAUUGCUUGACGAAGAAAAUAAUCCAAUUAGAUUUAUAGAUGUUAACUCAACUGAUUUUUCAUAAUUAAGUAGCGAUAUUUAAUCUUUAGUGCAAUAAAUAAGUGUUUCUGUAUAAUGGAAUUAAGAAAACAAAGAAAUACAAUGCAUUGGAUAACUUUAGACGAAAUAAUUUAAAAAUGGAGGUUUUAACCUAGAUGUUCAGAUUUUUUACAAACCUAUUUCUGAGUUGGUACUAAAAAUAGCGAGCAAUUCCUUUCCUUCACUAAAAGAUUCAAAAGGAAAUAUUGCAGUAAAUUCAGGUUAAAUAGAAUUAAUAUUGAAUAUAGAAUUAGAGUAGUGUUCAAUAGGAUAAAUAUUUAAAUAAUAUGGUAACUCAAUAGCAUGUGAAUUAUGCCCUGAUGGUAAAUAUUCUUUAAGUUUAAAUGAUUAAGAGUGUAGACAAUGUCCUGAUUCAGCUGUCAAAUGCAUAGGUUCUAAUAUCUAAUUAAAAAAUGGAUAUUGGAGAGAAGACGAAAAUACUGACAAUAUUAUCUAAUGUAGUUUUAACCCUCUAUCAUGCUAACCUUAACUUGUUUCUUCUAAACUUUACUGUAUUGAAGGACAUAAAGGUCCUCUAUGUUAUUAAUGUGAUACAUAUGGUUAUAUUUGGGGAAGUAGAUAUUCAGAAAUUUAUAAUCAUGGAGAAUGCUACAAAUGCGAAGAAAAUAUUGAAAAAAUCAUACUUUAUAAUUUACUACUUUUCUUAAUGAUUACUCUUUACAUAUUUUUAAUUCUAAAAAGAAUCAUUAUAUAGCUAGAAGCUAAAGUUAAAGGAUAUUAUUUAAAUAAAUUAGAAAUUAUUUAUUUAGGAUCAACAUUAAACUAAUCUGAUAGAUCAUAAAUUAUUUCGAAAAUUCUAACUGAUCAUUUAUAAAUACUAUCAUUAGUAUGCUCUUUUACCACAAAAAUGCCGGUUUUAUUUACUGUCCCUAUUUAGCUAUCAGGAAAUUCAGUUAGUUUGGCGAGUAAAUCUAUUGAUUGCAUUUUUUCUAAAUUCCCAAAUUUACAACCUUUGUGGUUAUUCGAAUCUCUUUGGUCUUUUUCUUUACCAGUAGGAAUACUUAUUUUUUACUUUAUAAAAGGAAUUAUUUUAAAGCAAUUAAAAAUAGAUUUAUUUAUCAGGUAUUUAUAAACUGCAGCUAUUUUUAUUUAUUUUUACUUUUACCCUAUGAUAAUAACUCUUGCUAUUAGAUCUAUUAAUUGUAUAACAAUAGGAGAUAAAAAAUACUUAGAUCUAGAUUUUGGAAUUGAAUGCUAUGAUAAACAUAAGCAUAAGCCAUACAUAUUUUUAUUUACGAUUCCUGUUAUUUUUAUAUGGGGAUUUUUAAUACCUUUAUUACUAUUCUAUAAAAUUUACUAUACAAAAUCUAAAAAAAAGUCAUUUAUUAAAUAAAUAAAAUAUUCUUUCUUUUUUGCUGGCUAUUAAGAACAAUACUAUUACUGGGAGUUUUGGAAAUUGUCUUAUAAAACAAGUUUGAUUUUAAUAUCUGUUUUACUUAAGCAAGAUAUCUAAUUAAAGGAUUAUUAAGACUAAAAAUUCCUCAUCUAUAAUAGUAAAGAACAUGUUUCUAAAAUUUCAUAUUUUAACUUAAAAAAAAAUAUCCUUAAUUGCUUGAUGUAACAUCAGAGACUUAAAUUAGAUUUAAAAAAUAAUUAGGACUUUGCUUUUUCACAAUCUUCACCUAAAACAAAUUAAAUAACUUCAUCUGAAAUUAAUGAUGAAAAAUUUUACACUUUAUAAAAUAAUAACUCUAUUAAAAGAAUGAAAAAUAAAUGGUCUUACUACACAAGAAAUUCCAAAAAAAACUAAAUAUCCUUAAAAGAUAGAACAUUUGAUAGACCAAGCUUAAUAAAUAAUAAUACAAGGGAUAGUAAUAUUUAUGAAACUGAAAGCUCCAUAUAAAAUAAUUAAUAUAAUAGUCACCAUAAAUUUUAAAUAUAACUCUCUCAAAAUAAAUGUUGA